AUGGCGAAUGGCUCAGAAUCAGCUCCCGGGCUCUCAAUCUCCCAAGAGACCUUUGCUAAACUCACGCCGGGCCCAUUCCUUCGCGCCCAUCUGAAACAAAAGACUCCCAUUCGACCAAACGGACGGUCACCAAGCGAGUUCCGCACUCCGACGAUCAACACUGGUUCCCUCACUCACAGCAAUGGCAGUGCCGUAGUACGACUCGGCGACACCGCUGUAGUUUGUGGUGUACGCGGCGAAGUAUUACUCGCAUCAGACAUACCGCAUCCGCCUGGAGAAGACCUGGACAAGAAAGACCUCAUUGAAGAUAUAGGUCUGGUAGUUCCCAAUUUGGAAUUGAGCACUGGCUGCUCGCCAGCACAUCUUCCAGGCAGCCCGCCCAGUACCCUGGCGCAGUCUUUCUCUUACCGCAUCAGCUCUCUGCUCCACGACUCUCACAUGGUCGAUGUCGACAGCCUUCGCAUCCGGUACACUGAGCCGAAGGCCGAAGAUGCUCUCCCGGACGAAGAGCCAACUGUGAUCACGAAGGCAUACUGGACUCUAUACUUGGAUGUACUUUGUUUGGCUCUGGAUGGAAACGCGUUCGAUGCUGCGUGGUUGGCCGUGACCGCUGCUCUCAGAGAUACGAAACUUCCACGAGCAUGGUGGGAUCCAGAUCAGGAAGGCAUCAUCUGCUCGCCGCUUGCGUCUGAAUGCCAUCCACUGCAGCUGAUUGGGCUGCCGUUGGCGGUGACCUUCGCUGUAUUCACUACCGCAUCGCCUUUGAAGAAACAGGAAGAGGCCGAGACUUGGGUUCUCGCCGAUCCAGACUCGUUUGAGGAGGAUCUCUGUAACGAGAGAAUAACAAUCGUACUUCAGCCGGCAUCUCGCGGCCGACCAGAUGUUUUGAAGAUCGAAAAGAGCGGUGGUCCUUACAUUGGAAAGGAUACCAUUGCACGUUGCGUUGAAGAGGCUGAAACCCGACGGAUGCAGUUUGAGACCGCUUUGACGAACGGCUGA